AUGGCAAUGCUCAAUAAAUUGACAAUUAAUGUGCCUUUAGUUGAGGCACUUGAGAAAAUGCUGGAAUAUGCAAAGUUAAUGAAAGACCUUGUAAACAAGAAAUGGAAGGUUAUCCAUGAGCUGGAGAACAAUCUUCUCCAUUAUGGCGUUAUCUCUAUAAGGUUUUUAGUGUAUAAAAAGGCAGAUCCAGGAGCGUUUACCAUCCCGUGUGCUAUUGGCACCCUGAAAUUUACAAAAUUACUAUACGAUCUGGGCACCAGAAUAAAUUUAAUGCCACUGGAUGUGUACAAGAAAUUGGGUUUGGGGGAUCCUACACCAAUGAAUAUAUGGUUGGUAAUGACAGAUAGAUCUGUGAAGCGGCCUGUGGGCAUACUGCAUGAUGUUUUGGUAAAGAUUGCCGAUUUUGUUCUGCUUGCUGAUUUUGUGGUCCUAGAUUAUGAAGUGCAUUUUGAAGUGCCAAUCAUCCUGGGUGGGUCAUUACUUACAACUAGGAGAGUGCUAGUAGUCAUGGAGUUGAACGACCUAUAA